AAAGAAAAACUCCAACCAAACAAAAAAAUGUUGAGCGAAAGAAGCCAAAUGCAAACAAUAAACAGUGUGUGAUUCCGUUGACCGAAAGGUCAAGAGCAGGCAGAAACCAUCUCUGGGUUUUAGAAAUUAGAAUAGUAAUUGCUGGGGAAUUUCCUGGCGAUCUAGCAGUCAGGACUCCACACUUUUCACCACCCAGGGCUCGGCAGUUAGACUGAGCAGACUUCUUCAUAGACAAUAUGCACUGUAUCUAUUAUAGGCCUACACUGUCCCAGGUACCUUAGGACACCUGACAGAUCCAGCCCCUCUCGUGGGGAGCCAGUCCACAGCAAAUCAGAGAUGAGAGAUGUGCAGGGAACUAUCACAUCUGUUAUCUGCCCUGGUGGGAGGGCAAGAGAGCUGGCAAGAAAACCACAGGAGGAGAACUGUGAACUACGGUUUUCCCAUCAAUGCUGGAAUUUUCCAUAUGUUUACCAAGAUGAGGGGGCUUUGCCCUCCACAGGACUCUGGAGACUGCAUCUGCUAUGCUCACACAUCUAUCCCUGGGACAGAAAGACUCAGGCCAGAUAUCCUAAGACUGGUCCUGAGACGCGUGAGGGAAAGGGAGAGGGCAUACUCCUUCUCAGAGCCUUUUUGGAGCCAGACUGUGUCCCGCCCCACAGGGCAAGCAGAAGUUUACAGAUCCCUAGUGUCAGCAGAGGUAACAUGUGGGAGGGGCCAGAAGAAGGCCAGGAAGUGCCAGCGAUGGGAAGUUGUGCCCUGAGGUAUGGAGCGCUGCCCUGGAUCACCAAGACCAGACAUGCUCCCCGAGGCGGGUUCCCUGUGGCUGCUGCGGCUGCUCCGAGACCUCCAGCUGGCCCAGUUUUACCGGCCCAUCCUGGAGGAGCUUAACGUGACUCGGCCGGAGCACUUCGACUUUGUAAGAGCUGAAGAUCUGGAUGGCAUUGGCAUGGGCCGGCCUGCCCAACGUAGACUGGCUGAAGCUCUGAAGAGGCACCGUUCGGGGCUCAAGUCUAAGAACUGGGUCUACAAGAUCUUAGGGGGCUUUGCCCCUGGGCAGAAGGAGACCACCCCACCCUCAGAUAGCCUUCCAUCCCUCCCUGAGCCAGAUGGGAGACUCAAGUGUCUGAUCCCAGACCGGGCUGUGUGCCGAGGGGAGCUUCUGGGCUCCGGCUGCUUUGGCAUGGUGCACCGAGGGCUGUGGACACUACCCAGCGGCCAGACUGUCCCAGUGGCUGUCAAGUCCCUCCGGGUGGGUCCCGAAGGUCCCGAGGGCACUGAGCUAGAGGACUUCCUGAGAGAAGUGUCCGUCAUGAUGAACUUGGAGCAUCCACACGUGCUGCGUCUGCAUGGCCUGGUACUGGGCCAGCCUCUGCAGAUGGUGAUGGAGCUGGCGCCCCUGGGCUCCCUGCACGCGCGUCUGACGGCCCCGGCCCCCACUCCCCCGCUGCCCCUGGCCUUGCUCUGCCUCUUUCUGCGGCAGGUGGCGGGGGCCAUGGCGUACCUGGGGGCCCGUGGGCUGGUGCACCGAGACCUGGCCACGCGCAACCUGCUGCUGGCUUCACCGCGCACCAUCAAGGUGGCUGACUUCGGGCUGGUGCGACCGCUGGGCGGUGCCCGGGGUCGCUACAUCAUGGGCGGGCCCCGACGCAUCCCCUUUGCAUGGUGUGCGCCCGAGAGCCUGCGCCACGGGGCCUUCUCGUCUGCCUCGGAUGUGUGGAUGUAUGGGGUGACGCUGUGGGAGAUGUUCGCUGGGGGCGAGGAGCCCUGGGCCGGGGUCCCGCCAUACCUCAUCCUGCAACGGCUGGAGAAGGACCGAGCCCGCCUGCCCAGGCCUCCUCUCUGCUCCAGGGCCCUCUACACCCUGGCCUUGCGCUGCUGGGCCUACCACCCUGCUGACCGGCCCACCUUUUCCGACCUAGAGGGGCUGCUCCAAGAGGCCUGGCCUCCUGAGGGACGUUGUGUGAGGGAGGUCAUGGAGCCCGGUGCCCUGAGGAUGGAGCCUGGAGACCCCAUCACUAUCAUCGAGGGCAGCCUUGACUCCACAACCUGGAAGGGCCAGAACGGUCGCACAUUCAAAGUGGGCAGCUUCCCAGCCUCAGCGGUGACGCUGGUAGACCCACCAGCCACCCGCCCUGUCCUCAGAGGCACCCCUGCCCGGGGAGAGCGACACCAGAGAAACGCAGAUGGGGACAGAGGGAAGGCAAAGCUUCAGGAUGCCCCUCAGGCUCGGGGCCAGAGAAGGAAUGUGGCUCUGCUGAGGACUAAAGGCAUUUCCAAAAGUCUGGAGUCAGUUCUUUCCCUGGGCCCCCGCCCCACAGGAGGUGGGUCGAGCCCCCCUGAACUUCGACAUGCCAGAACUGGGCCCCAGGGACCCCCAGGCCGGCUACCCCACCUUCCCAUGGCCCCCAGCUCUUCCCAGCCUCCCAAGGAGCGGCCUCCCUGGCCCAAAAGAGAACGCCCCAACAGUCACCCCAUAGGAGCACCUGGAGCCAGCAAAGCCGCCAUCCCCUCCGGAGGACCCCUGUCCGACCCUGAGCUACAGAGGAGGGUUAUGGAGGUGGAGCUGAGUGUGCACGGGGUCACCCACCAGGAGUGCCAGGCUGCUCUAAGAGCCACCGGGGGAGAUGUGGUUUCUGCCAUCCGGAACCUCAAGGUAGAGCAGCUCUUCUACCUCAGCAGCUGGUCCAGAGCGGACUGCCGGCGCAUCCUGGAGCGUUACCAGUGGGACCUCUCGGCCGCCAGCCGCUAUGUCCUGGCCCAGCCCUGAGCUCUGUUCUUUGAGCACAGACACCAGACAGACCAAGGGCCUGGCCACAUGAGACCAGGCAGAAGCAGAACAAGGUCCCAACAGGCUUGUGGUAGGUACAGGAGGAGCCCAGCAUCGGGCACCGGUGUCUCCUCACCUGCCCCUUGGCCUCUGAGGGCACAAGCUCCCUUGGCCAUAGGAGGAACUAGUCCAUCCUGCCCAACAAGAGGGAAUACUUGGAGGAGCAGAGCUGUGACACAUCAUGCCCACAGGAAGCUUCUGUCACUACAGAAAAUGAGCACAAGGCCAUUCUGGGUCACGGGAGAAGCCAUCCUGAACUGCCAUCAGCUACCACACUGGGCUCCGUGGGGGCAGCCAUCUUGGAUGACUUGGGGAAUAUGGCCUCAGCUGCCUUGGCAUGGUCUGGGGCCAUCAUGGGUGAUGAAAGGGGCUCUCUUAGACUCAAGGACACAUGAUCUUGGCAGUGUGAUUAUGAGAUUAUGAGAUGGUCCAGCCCCUGCCUAUCCCAGCUAUCAUAUUUCCCUUUGUCUCUUCCCACACCCAACUCUUUCUCCUACCCUCUCCCAUUACAUACAUCUUCCAGUGUGCAAAAAAUUACAAAGUUUAUAUGAA